CGACCGGCGGCGUACCUUAACGGCUAUCAUACGGUCACGCUGGCUGCAACACGUGCAGGCCGCAUUCAAUACACACAGCACAAUAAUUUUUCGCAAAUUAAAGUUGAAUUAGCCGAACAAUGGUAACGCGCAAGAAGCCAGUAAAGCGCAGCGCCGAGGUGGCGGCUAUCGACAACGACGAGGAUGAGGCGGCAACACAAGCCAAGGUGCCCAAGGAGGUGUUGGUCGUUGCCCAGGAGGUCAAGAUGGUCCGGGCCCUUGCCUGUAACGAUGUGGUCCAGCGGAAUCGCCAGGUCCGCAAGCUAGGCAAGUGGUUUAAGCUGCGGGCCAGCAGCUCAUUCCCCUUUACCGAGGAGGACUUCAUGCGGAUCUGGAAGGGUCUGUACUACACCAUGUGGAUGUCGGACAAGCCGCUGGUCCAGGAGGAACUGGCCGAGCAGCUGGCCCAGAUGGUGGACAGCUUUGGCGGUAACACGACAUGCAGCUUGGCCUACUUCAGUGCAUUUAUGCGCACCAUGUGCCAGGAGUUCUUCGGUAUCGAUCAGUGGCGCAUGGAUAAGUUCCUAAUGCUUGUCCGUCGCAUGCUUCGGUACAUGUUGCGGUUGCUCAAGCAGAGUAAGUGGUCAGCGGAGCUGAUCAACGCCUUCAACAACCGUAUGCAGCAGUCCGUCCUUUCCGAGCAGCCCAAGAGUCGCGGCCUCACCAUGCACUACUUGGACAUAUUCUUCGAGGAAUUAGCUAAGGCUGCCGAUGGCGAGAUCAGUGCCGCCCAGGUCAAUAUCUUCUUGCGUCCGUUUGUCACCUACGUGGCCACGCAGCGCGAUCCCAAGCUGGUGGCCCAGUGCCGAACAAGAGUGCUGUACCACCUGCUGUACCAGAGCGAUUUGGGACGUGAAUACAGUGAAAAAUACAAUGCCUGGAAGCUUAUGGGCUUCCCCACGGCUUCCAUUGAUGACAUUGAAAAACUUGACUCUGGCUUUGAUGAGGAAGAAGAUGAAGUCAACGCCGAUGAAGAGACCCCGCGGACCACCUCUCUUGAUCCCCGGGCGGGAAAUGUGGACGUGCAUAUGCCAGAGUUGCCCCUUAACGCAGAUUGCGUGCUUGAUGAGCUGCAGACCCUGAUCCGCACGAACGAUUUAAACAGCAAGAGACGCAAGGCCUUGCGGAAGCUUAUCCAGGUUUUUGAAACCUUUAAGGGCGGCGAGUUCCCACUGGGUGUGCGCACCAUGCCGAAAGUGGAAGGCCAGACUCUGGCCGAGAUGGUAGAACAGAAGGUGGCAGACAUCGAAAAGCUGGAGGACGAGGUCUAUGGCACCGGAAGAAAACUCAAAAAGCUCAAUAAGUCGAAGCGUAAGCGGCUUCUGCAGUCCAUUAACUUUGAGGAGGUGGACGAGCAUAACUAUGAUGAGGUCAUUGGAAAGGCCUUGCCCCCGGAGCUUCAGAAAAAGGUUAAGCAUAAUGCAAAGGUGCGUUCCAGCAUCAACAGUGCCUGGGUGGUGGAAAAAGUCAAUGAGCAGGAUGAAGGAAACAAAAAGGCAGAUGCCAAACCAAAGGCAAAAAAAGCGAAAAAAGACGAGCAGCUCAAUGCCAAGGUACCAGAGCAGCCGAAGGCCAAGAAGGGAGAUCAGGUGAAGUCCAGGAAGGAGCAGCAGACGAAGGCUCAUAAAGAAGAGCAGUCCAAUCCAAAAACAGAAGACCAGCAGCCGAAGCAACCCAAAAAAGAAGAAUUGAAGAUUACUGCUCCCACGUCUGAAAUUGAGCCGGAACCACAAACAAAGACUGCCGGAUUGUCAGAUAAAGAUAUACCCAAGACAAUUCAAAAGUCAGCCAACGGCUGGGACGCUCCUUUGGAGCAAGGAGAGCAGGAUAUCUUCGUUCCCUCGCGCAAGCAACAACUGAAGCAGGCCAACAACAAGCUGCUGCAAAAGUCUACAAAUAAAACGCCAGUGACGCGACCUCAGUUUGCCACCCCACAGCCGGUAGGCAGUGUCAAGCGGGUGAGGAUCAUGACCAAGUGCAACAGCGAGUAUACGAAGAACGACUACAACCGUCAACUGAAGUUGUCGCCCCAGGUACCCUACGAUGCUGACCGGUUGCCCGGUAAGAGUGCCCUCAAGCCACAUGUUCUGCCGGGCCCGAUUCAUCCUAAUUUCAAAGCAAAGCGCCUUUUCAACGACACUCUGUGACAUAGCGUGGAGUGGGCGGAAAUGGGGCUGGGACUAGAUGAGGAUCAGGAGCAUUAAUAAUAAUAUAUCCCCAGAAGUGCUGCAGUCCGGGUCUCCUAUAGCUAUCAGCGGAUUAACCAGAUGUGCUUGGAGAACAAGGAAACAGCUCUACUCUUCACAAACAUGUCUUAUGGGGAUCCCAUAUACAUUCUUAACUUUUUUGUUUUGUACGCAAAGCUUUCUUUCAUGAAAUAAUAUAAUGAUAUAUAAACACUUUUACACACAAAA